AAAGAGCAAAAAGCACUGAUAACAGAGUGAACUCAACGAUACCUCCACCAACGGGCACAAACUUCUCUUUCUUUCUCUCUCUCUCUCUUUUUCUCUUGGAAAACGGGACCCAACUUAUGAAUUCAGCUCACUCCGUUCCAACGAUUGAACUCGGCCAUGGCGAUUUCGACUGUGAGUUCACUGUUCCGAGCUCGGAUUUUCAUGACCAUGUCUCCGCCGUUGAUCCUCGUUUGAGCUCUAUUAGCAGCGGUCUCAGCUCAUAGUGUUGCUUCCUGUUCAAGUCUGCGCUAAUUGACGGUCGUGAUCUCGCUGUUGAUUUCAGAUCUGAAGCGUUACCCAGUAAUCGACGGCGUCGAUGAUGUCUGAGCUCACAGGAAUAUUGAAGAAGGUCCGAUGGUUGUCGAUGAAAUACUUGCUUUUGUUUUGUUAUGUGAUAUCCAUCAUCGAUGCAGCACCAUCAAUAUCUCCCAUGGGUGCACCGUGGGCAGCACCUGAUAUGCCAAAUCUUCCCUUGCCAGCUGAUUUGCCAGUGUCCCAUAGACACUGGCAAAAACAUUUCUUGCCACGUGCUGCGCCAGUUGCACUAUCACCUGCACACCCUCCUUUUUAUGGUCCCUUAAUAACUGCUGGUCAUCCCCCUGCAACUUCUCGAUUGUCAAGGCCAGCAAUGAAGAGGAGUGGCUUGGCACCUCCCCUUGCUGGCUUUCAGAAUAUUGCCCCAGCACAGUCGAGUGCUGGUACAAUCCCUUCGGGUUUAGCACAGCCCCCACUCACUCCUUCUAUUUCCAACUGUUGCAAACCAGACAUGGUAUUGAGACGCGAAAGUCAGGGUUGCCACUGUGUUUAUCCCAUUAAGCUUGACCUCCUCCUCUUAAAUGUUUCACAAAAUCCUAAUUGGAAUCUUUUUCUUCAAGAAUUAGCUUUGCAGCUUGGUUUGAAAGUUUCUCAAAUAGAGCUGAUUAACUUUUAUGUACUCAGCUUGUCAAGGUUAAAUAUUUCGAUGGAUAUUACUCCAUAUCCAGGUGUCAGUUUCUCGGCAAGUGAUGCAUCAGCAAUAAACUCUUCUCUUGUCAUGCACAAGGUUAAUUUAGACCCCGCAUUAGUGGGCGAUUACAAACUCCUCAAUAUAACUUGGUUUAAGCCUCCACCUAUUUCUCAAGCUCCUGUUGCUACAUCACCAGUUGAAGCCCCACCAAAACCAUCACCGACUCAUACGUCCUUAACUGCUUCAAGUAAAGGGAAACAUUCAAAUUUGAGUCUUAUUAUUGGUAUUGGUGCCGGAAUACUGUUAAUUUCCAUUAUAGCUGUGCUCAUACUUUGUUUAUGCACAUUCCGUCAAGAGAAGACUAAAGAAUCUAAUAUAGAAACAGCCCCAGAAAAGCAGAGUAGCGUCGAAACAGUUUCCGCAGUAGGAUCUCUACCCCACCCAAGCAGCACUCGGUUUCUGGCAUUUGAAGAACUUAAACAAGCAACAAACAACUUUGAACCUGCAAGCAUACUCGGAGAGGGUGGUUUUGGCAGGGUGUUCAAGGGCGUGUUAAGUGAUGGUACAGCUGUUGCAAUUAAAAGACUUACUAACGGAGGGCAACAGGGGGAUAAGGAGUUCUUGGUUGAGGUUGAGAUGCUUAGCAGGCUGCAUCAUCGUAAUCUGGUGAAACUUGUGGGUUACUAUAGCAGUCGUGACUCCUCACAAAACUUACUUUGCUAUGAGCUUGUGCCAAAUGGAAGCUUGGAAGCCUGGCUUCAUGGUCCCCUGGGAGUAAAUUGUCCUUUAGAUUGGGACACCCGAAUGAAGAUUGCACUCGAUGCUGCCAGAGGACUUGCUUACCUGCAUGAGGACUCACAACCGUGUGUUAUCCACAGAGAUUUUAAAGCAUCCAAUAUAUUGCUGGAGAACAACUUUCAUGCUAAAGUUGCUGAUUUUGGCCUGGCUAAACAGGCACCUGAAGGCAGAGCAAAUUAUCUUUCUACUCGUGUGAUGGGAACAUUCGGGUACGUAGCUCCAGAGUAUGCCAUGACUGGACACCUACUUGUUAAAAGCGAUGUUUACAGCUAUGGGGUUGUCCUUCUUGAAUUACUCACUGGUAGAAAGCCUGUAGAUAUGUCACAGCCAGCGGGGCAGGAGAAUCUUGUCACCUGGGCAAGGCCAAUUCUUAGGGACAAGGAUAGGCUGGAUGAGCUUGCUGAUCCUAGUCUUGAAGGAAAGUACCCAAUGGAAGAUUUUGUACGAGUUUGCACGAUUGCAGCAGCUUGUGUUGCUCCUGAGGCAAGCCAACGCCCUACAAUGGGUGAAGUGGUACAGUCACUGAAGAUGGUACAACGAAUCACGGAGUAUCAGGAUUCCAUGUUAACCUCUUCCACUGCCAGACCCAAUCACAGGCAGUCAUCAACUACCUUCGAGUCCGAUGUGUCAUCUUCAAUGUUCUCGUCUGGUCCUUACUCUGGUCUAAGUGCCUUAGAUAAUGACAAUGUGUCUCGGGCAGCAGUUUUCUCUGAAGAUCUUCACGAAGGACGAUGAUUGCGUAACAGAAGUCGACAUUCUGUUCAAAGCAUAGUUGACUGUCCUGUAUAGCAAUGUAGGAGCAGUCCCCCUGUGAGCAGGGGAUAUACAGGUUGAUUUUUUUAGUAAUAGGUAGGUUUUGUAAUUGUGAUUCUUGUUGUGGGGAAGGAUGAGUGUCUUUUUUGUAGUCCUUUAUGUGGGGGAACCAUUGUUCAGUUUUCUCCAUAGGCAGUGGUUCUUCCCACGGUGGAUGAAAUUUUGUAUAUGCUUUCUAAGCUUGUUUUAU